GCGCCGCAGCCGAAUAGAUGGGGGCUUGCGAUCGUCCCACCCUCCCGAUGAGGAAUGCGUCGUGCUAGAGAUGGUAUCCGGAGAGACAGCUUGACAAGGCGGACUAUUGCCAUAAGUCUUUGCUGUCGGCUCUUGACCUCGGACCACAAUCACCUCCCCAUCGAGUCCCCCUCCCCCUCUGUCGUGCCUGUUGUCAUUCAACUCGAAUCAUAAUCACCUCCGCGUCAUGACUGCGUUCUCAUCGUACCACAGUCGAGAGAAGGUCGAGGAUAUCGAGAGUGUGCCUUCAGUCGUGACAAAUCUGUCGCACACACAGGCGUCUGAUGUUACGCCAGCGACAGAGGGGCGACCGGGCAAGGAACAGUUCCCUUUCGAUUCUUUCGCAUCCACGAAGACGAUUUACAAGGGCGAGAAGCUCCCACCUGUUGACCCCAAGCAUAUGCCGUUGCAUGCAUGGCUCUUUUUGGGUGGUUUGUUGUUCUUCCCGUUGUGGUAUUUCGGCGCAUUUCGACCUGCCGAAGACAACUUCGGUGAGAUGCAUAGAUGGAGAUGCCAAGCGCUGGCCAUGAUUACCACCAUUAUCAUUGCCGCUAUGCUUGUCAUGCAACUUGGCUUCCGAACCUUCUAAUUCAUACGGCAGUUGCUGUGUCG